AUGUCGUUGGUUGCAGCCCCUAGAGGGGCGGAACCGACAGCUAUUACUCCAGCUUCACCUGAGAAGGAUGAAGCCGGGAGAACAUCUGGACUCGAAGCCCCCACACUCCGCUUGACGGGGCACACAGUGAGCAGCAACAGCAGCAGCAGCAGCAGCAACAGCAGCAACAGCAGCGGCUCAAGCAGCUGCAGCAGCAGCUCAAGCAGCAGCAGCAGCAGCAGCAGCAGGAGCAGCAUGAGUAGUUAG